AUGAACGUUCAGCUAUAUGUCUAUGAUCUGUCGAAGGGCCUAGCGCGCAAUCUGUCAGGAGCUUUAUUGGGAGUCCAGAUUGACGCUAUCUACCACACCUCUGUUGUUUUCGAGGGUAUUGAAUAUACUUACGAUGGAGGGAUCAAAACUGUCAAGCCUGGCGAAACUCAUCUGGGUAAACCAUUGCAGAUUAUAGAGUUAGGGAAGACAGAUCUACCUAUGGAUGUGAUUCUGGAAUAUCUGGACUCUUUGAAAGAAAUCUACACCUUUGAGGCGUAUGAUCUCUGGAAACAUAAUUGUAAUAACUUUUCGAACGAUUUUGCUACAUUCCUGGUUGGCCAGGGAAUCCCCGAGCAUAUUACGAACCUCCCAGAAACUGUUCUCAACACUCCCUUUGGCCGAAUGAUUCAACCGCACUUCGAUGAUUAUGUUACUUUGAAUAAUAUGAAUAAUGGCGGUCUUUUGGGUAUCCAAAAUACAGAGGAUCCGCAGCAGCAAGCAUCGAUGUCACAGGUUCGACAUGCCCAAACUUCUGCUGAAUUGAACAAUCUCUUGAACUCGGCCAGGAAAAAAUGCGCAGUUAUUUUCUUCACUUCCCAUAAUUGCGGUCCAUGCAAACCUCUGUAUCCUGUCUUUGAGCAACUCGCAAAGGAUGCAGGACGCAAAGCCGUUUUCAUAAUAGUUGAUAUUGCCCGGUCAUAUGAGAUUGCCACAAGAUACAGUGUUACCGCGACGCCGUCUUUUGCGACUUAUUUACAAGGCGAAGAGGAAAAACGUUGGGCGGGAGCAGAUGUAGCAACUCUACAACGAAAUGUAGGGGUUCUGGUACAAAUGGCAUUCCCGCCACAUGCACAUGAGUCUUUACGUUUACCAGCACUUCGUGCACCAAAUAUGUUGCCAGUUAUUUACACUAAAGUUCCGCCACUUGAAAAGCUCAAAGCAAAGAUGGGACCUGCUGCUGAUAUUCCAGCAGUCAAAGGAGUUCUCCACUUUGUAUCAGAGGGACAAUCAAAGCCCGCAGCACAGACUCAUCUCCCGGAUCUGGAUUCUUUUAGUUGGUUUUUACGAGAAGCUCCUUCUAAAUUACCUACUGAAGUCAUGUUUACAAUCGUUGAUGUCCUUCGAUGUGCUCUUGUGGAUCCAAGACUUAGUGGUUACUAUGCUGAGGAAAAUAACCACAAAACUAUUGCUCCACUAUUCACACACAUCAAUAGUCUUAAAGAAUGCCCCUACUCACUCCGUUUAGUCGCACUUCAAACAGGUUGCAAUUUAUUCACAAGUCCCUUAUACCCUCAACACAUUCUCGGCUGUCCGACCCUAACCAACCCACUCGUUCAACUAAUCACAACCUCGCUGCUUGAUGACGCACAUCAUAACGUUCGUGUUGCAGCCGCAAGUCUUGCCUUCAAUAUGGCGUUUGCCAAUUCUAGUCUCCGUAUAGAAGACCACAAAGAAGUAUUACCUGAGAGCGAACAAAUAGAACUAGCCGCAUCUUUAUUAGAAGCUAUACAAGAAGAAAAAGAAUCUCCAGAAGCAUUGAAGGGAUUCUUAUUGGCGUUUGGACAUUUGGUAUUUGGAACUCCGAAAGAUGGAGAGUUGGUGGAUUUGUUGAAGAGUAUGGAUGCUCAACGGACCAUCCUGGGUAAAGCGAAAGCUUUUCCUAAGGAAAGUUUGAUCAAAGAGAUUGGACAGGAGUUACUUGGGAAGGGCUUAGAAUAG